CGCAUGGGCAUGGGAUAUCACAGACAGCUGAUAACUCAUCUAUUAUGCUAACGUUAGCUACUUCGCUGAAAUAAAAGGUACCAGAAAUCUGCGAGCGAACCACCACUGGAGCCACUAGAGGAGAAAAUAAUAAACAGGGUGCAGACACUCAGGUCAUGAGAUGGGAUGUGCCUACUGCUGGAGGAAUAAGGAGCUGAAAGAGGAGCAAAGCAUCCAUUGAAAACUCUAUACUCUCAGACGUUUUGCAGAACAGGAAAGAAGUGGUCUCCUGUUGCCAGUAUGUCGGCUGUUCCUGCGGCCGCCCCGGCACUUGUAAACCCUCCGCCACCAGAGUUCACCAACCCCAACAAGCCUGGCAGAAAAACAAAUCAACUACAGUACAUGCAGAAUGUUGUUGUUAAGACUCUAUGGAAGCAUCAGUUUGCAUGGCCCUUUUACACACCUGUGGAUGCCAUCAAAUUAUGUCUUGCCGACUAUCAUAAAGUUAUCAAGAGCCCAAUGGACAUGGGAACGAUAAAGAAGAGGCUAGAGAAUAACUACUACUGGAGCGCCAGCGAAUGUAUGCAGGACUUCAACACUAUGUUUACCAACUGUUACAUCUACAAUAAGCCUACAGAUGACAUUGUGCUGAUGGCUCAGGCUUUGGAGAAGAUAUUCCUGCAGAAAGUGGCCCAAAUGCCUCAGGAGGAGGUGGAGCUGCUACCACCAGCCCCAAAAAUUAAAGCUGCCCGCAAACCAGGAGGGCCUGUUAGUGCAGAGAGCCACGCACAGGCUGAGUCAAUGGAUUCACCCCCAUCCUCUUACCCAAGCUCCCCUCCACUUGUGUCUCAGACACCUGUAAUAGCAGCCACGCCAGUGCCAACCAUCACCUCUGUUACCCCUGUCCCCCCUCCCGCUGCCUCCAUUAUGGCCGUUGUUCCCACUGCACAGCCAGUCAUCAAGAAAAAGGGGGUGAAGCGGAAAGCAGACACAACAACUCCCACAACCUCAGCAAUUGCGGCCAGUAGAAGUGACUCCCCUACCCAGCAUGUGGAAUCCAAACAGGGGAAAGUCUUGUCCAGGAGGGAGAGUGCAGUCCGGCCUGUCAAAAACCUUAAAAAGGACACAGAGGACGGCGAGGCGCCCCUGUCUGGCGGCAAGAAAGGCAAGCUCGGUGAGCAGCUCAAGCACUGCGACGUCAUUCUGAAGGAGAUGCUCUCUAAGAAACACGCAGCCUAUGCUUGGCCUUUCUACAAGCCUGUUGAUGCAGAAGCGCUCGAACUGCACGACUAUCAUGAAAUCAUCAAGCACCCCAUGGACCUCAGCACUGUUAAGAAAAAAAUGGAUAGCCGGGAUUAUCAAGAUGCCCAAAGCUUUGCCACGGAUGUACGGUUAAUGUUUUCAAAUUGCUACAAGUACAACCCCCCCGAUCACGAGGUUGUAGCCAUGGCCAGGAAGCUUCAGGAUGUGUUUGAAAUGCGAUUUGCCAAGAUUCCGGACGAGCCCAUCGAAACCACACAGCCAUCCACCACACCGGUGGUAAGCAAGAGUACAGAGAGCAGUGAAAGCAGCGGCAACACCUCCAGCUCGGAGAGCUCGGACUCGGAGGAGGAGCGGGCCACGCGGCUCGCAGAACUGCAGGAACAGGUGGGUUCGGAACAGCAAAUCACUGUGGAGCACCCCAAUGGUAACAGGGCGGGGAAAAAAAACGGGUGUGCCAAACGUUUUCAGCUAAAGGCCGUUCACGAACAGCUGGCUGUUCUUUCGCAGGCCCCAGUAAGUAAACCAAAGAAAAAGAAGGAGAAAAAGGAAAAGGAGAAGACGACUAAAGACAAAGAGAAGGACAAAGUCAAAACCAACAAGGGGAAGGCUGAUGAUGAGAAGAAGCCCAAGUCGACACAGCAAGCCAAGCCAGCUAAUCAAAAGAAGGCUCCAGUCCGGAAACCAAACAGCACAGUGGCGGCUACAAGGCAACCGAAGAAAGGGUCCAAGGUGGUGGCGGCUGUCAAUGAGUCCGAAGAGGAACCGUCCCUUCCAAUGUCAUACGAUGAGAAGCGCCAGCUCAGCCUGGACAUCAACCGUCUUCCUGGUGAGAAGUUGGGCAGGGUGGUCCACAUCAUCCAGUCCCGGGAGCCAUCUCUGCGUGAUUCCAAUCCGGAUGAGAUAGAGAUAGACUUUGAGACACUCAAGCCCUCAACUCUCCGUGAGCUUGAACGAUACGUCAAGUCCUGUUUGCAGAAAAAGCAGCGGAAACUUUUACUCGGCAUUGGGAAAAAGAGUGCCAGGUCUAAGGAAGAACUGGUUCAGGAAAAGAAGAAAGAGUUAGAAAAGAGGCUACAGGACGUGAGCGGACAACUGAACCACAACAAGAAACCGCCCAAAAAAGAAAAGGCAGGAUCAGCACCAGGAGGUGGUGCCUCUCGGCUGAGCGGCAGCAGUAGCUCCUCUGACUCAGGCAGCAGCAGUUCCAGUGGCUCCAGCUCAGAAAGCAGUGACUCCGAUUGAUCUGAGAAAGACCCUCUCCCCUCUAAUCCUAAAUCCCCCCUCUCACCCUAGCUAAUUUGCCUCCCAUUUUAGGUAGUAAUCUACUUUACCCCCCCCCCCCCCCCCCCCCCCGGAUUACUUUUAUAAGAUAAUGAAAAGACUUUCAACGACUGAGGAUAUUGAUAAUGUUUUGUAUUUAGAAAUGCCUUUAGAGACAGAAAGUAGGAAAUGUGUAAGAGGAUGUAGCUGACUGAACAUAGUCUGGGUUUGUUUUUGCUGGCCCUCAAAGGGAAAUGCCUGGUAUCACCAGAACAACACGUGUGUUAGUUAUUUUAAUUCAAGAUAAAAAAGUUUUCUGCUUUACAUGGGUGCUCAUAGCUGAAUCCUAUUUGAAAGACUAUGUUAUAUAAGUAGUAAACCUUUAAGAUUAACACUAAGAUUGAUUUUGGUUUGGACAACAGAGAUAUACAGUCUCUCUUUCUGGGAUGGCUGUUGCCUCUAGUUUGAUCUUUGCCACCUCACAACAUUCCAUAAAAAAUGUUGGUUUCAUGGAAAUGGUGAUAUGAAAAAAUAAUAUUUUUAUGGUCAUACAUCGAAUUUCCAAUGUAAAACAAAUGGUUUUAACGAUAAUCUGACACAGAAUUGGAAACUGUUUGUAAAAUUUUCCACAGUAUUUAAAUCUGUUAUGUCUCAAGGGUCUGUUCAAUGUAAUUGUGGGUUAACGCUCGACUGCGUUUGGAUAGUACAUUGACUUAAGAGAUUUUACAUUUAAAUGUUUAGUAAUUUAGCUGCCGCUCUUAUCUAGAGUGACUUAUAGUAGUGAGAGCACUACCCAGUGGGAAUUGAACCCACAACCCAGAAAUUGCAAUUACCAUGCUCUUUCAACUGAGCAACAUGGGACUUGCCCCAUGUGUAUUUCCUGAGGCUGUUUUUAUCUACACAUUUGUGGCAAAGUAAAGUUGCUAUUCGAACACUUUCCAUUUGUCUAAUAUCUUUUGUCUCAUUUUUCAGUAGUGUUGCUUUGGUGUUCAGCACUCAGUAUGUGGACUAAAUUAACUUUUCUCUUUUUAUUUGGUUUGAUUGCUCCCAAAGUAAUUAACCCCUAGAUGUACUAGAACCUUUUAACAUCUGCUUCUCAUAAAGAGGUCACCUGAUGAUUUGUCCAAAAAAAAAAAAAAAAAGCAGUUUAGACUGGUUUUGGAGUUUGACACUUCUGUAGUCACUGUUCUUUACAUGUAUCUCUAUGCAGCCAGUGUUAAUGUUAAACGGAUGCUCCUAAGAUGUCUAACACACGUCACACUCUUGUGGUUUGUUUCCCGGCCUGUUAGUAUACUAUUUGGCAUGUGCCAUAUCCAACAACUCUUAUUAUUGAAUGUAAUAAUGUCCUUUUUCUGUGUAUGGGCUAGUCUUUCUUUUGAACAUGAUGGUUAUAUGCCAGAAGUAGGUAAAUUGACACUUCCAGUAUAGCCAGUUUCUUUUGAGUGAAGAUCUAUGGGCUCUCAGUCUCUAAUGUAUAAUCGACUAAUCACCACAUGUACAAAAACUAAAUUUGUUUUAUCAAGACAAAAGUCAAUCUAAAAGUACAUAUUAUUUUGUUAAUAUCUUGGCAUUUCAAAGACCUCUAUAAACAAAACUAGUUAGAUGUGUCAUAAUACACAAUCUAGUCUUCCUUCCAAAUUCUGAAUAAUUCAUUCAAACUGCUUGUUUACCUAAUACAAUACACCUGUUGUUACUGGAUUUUUACUCUUCUGUAUCUGUAAUUUCUGAGGUGGUGUGUUCUAUCAAUUUGAGAUCAUUUACAACUGCGGUUCAUGAAGCUGAGAUCCAUUUCAGUUAGGCUAGUUGUUAGUAGUGGUGAUGUUUUAUCUGCUAAAUUCCCAUUAACCUCAUUAGAGUUUCAGACAACCUCUUUCAUAAAAAAAAAACAAAAACAAAAAAACAGCUGGGUUUGCCUGAGUGAAGUUGAGACUGGAGUAUAUAUAUAAGUAUUUUCACCAUAUUCACUGAUGUGUUUAUUUUAGUUUUUGGUCAACAUAUAAUAGUUAAUUUUUAUAUUUUAAAAUUAUUUUAUGUAUUUGCAUGCACUCCUGCCGUACCUUUUCUUAAAUAUUUUUGAGCACUGUAUAGUAACUUCUAUAGUAACUUCUAGACAUCAGUCUUUGAGAAAACUAAAGAUUCAUGUUGUAGUUUUGGGGUUGUUUAAGGGUGAAAUCACAUGGGGAUGCAGGGCAAACAAAAAGUGAAUAUUUGAUGUAAUUAUUUACAUGGAAUCCCUUAUUUUCUGAGUUCCUUUGUUUUCAUAAAUAAACCACAUAAACAUAUA